AACUGGUUUAUUCCUGUGAUAAGAGCCCGCGAACUUUCGGGGCCAAUCAAACGCGUCAAACAGGCGGAUCAAGGUGAUCAUUGACCAAUCUGAUGAGAGUGACUGCCUCGCCAUCAAGUGCUUAUCCUUAUCAAUUUUAACAGAUGUUGUUUUUGUUUUGAUAGGUAUGUGUCGUGAUUCUUGAAAACACUGAACAUAGAACAACUUUUAUCAUCAUAAAAUCAUGUGACAUUACUUCAACCGCAGUGAUUUUUACUUGUGCUUGUUGUAGUGCUUAGAACAUGAUCCACUUGAGUCUUCCAUAGCUAUCCUUCUAGUCAAAAACCUUUAUAACACCCUUGUUUCACAAAAAAUACAAAUUUGCCUUUUGCCAUGGGUUCCGCCAAGGUUUGUGUUCUUGGAGCUGGGAUUGUCGGUUUGAACACAGCCCUUCUCCUUCAAAAGGAAUAUCCAGAGCUACGCAUCACACUGAUUGCAGAUAAAAUAAAUGAGGAAACAACUAGUGAUGGAGCAGCCGGUAUUUUUAGACCAGGCACCAGUUUCCAAGGACCAUCAGAGGAAAUCACCAAUCAAUGGAUCAUAGACUCUUAUAAGCACUAUGAAAGUCUUUUGGAUGACUAUGAUGCUGGUGUUUCGGAGCUAUCUGGUUUCAUUUUCUCUGACACGGAUGAAACAAUCACUAAGAAUCAUUUCUUAGAAAAUUUAGUCCCGGAGUAUCGAGAGGCUAGUGGGGAAGAACUCACUGUCAACUCAAAGACAUGGAAGUACGGUGCUUACUUCACAACAUUAUUGAUUAACAGCUCCUAUUAUCUACCAUGGGCACUCAAAAAAUUCACAAAGCAAAAUGGAAUACUCUUAAAGAAAUCAAUAAACAGCUUUCAAGAACUUGAAAAUGAUUACAAUAUUAUUUUCAACUGCUGUGGUCUUGGAGCCAAGAAGCUCUGCGGUGAUAAAAAAGUUGUACCAAUCCGAGGACAAGUUAUCAAGGUUUUUGCUCCAUGGCUGAAAAAUUUUUAUUACUCUGAGUAUGAUACGUACAUUUUGCCAAGCAACCGAGAUGGAGUUGUUACUUUAGGAGGCUGUCGUCAGUACGAGAGCUACUCAGUUGCUGUGUCACGCCAUGAUACUGCUGCCAUCUUGGAGAGAUGCUAUGAAUUACUCCCAGCACUGAAAGAUGCACCAAUUUUGCGUGAGUGGGUUGGACUCAGACCCCACCGAUCAGAAGUCAGAGUGGAAGCAGAGAAAAUUGGCAAAUUAUUGGUUAUCCAUAAUUAUGGGCAUGGAGGAUAUGGAGUGACAGCAGCACCAGGCACAGCUAAAUUUGCUGUUGACAUCCUCAAAGAUAUAAGUUUUCUCCCAUCAGCAAAACUUUGAUUGAACUUGGGUCUUCUUUUGGAAAAAAAGUAAAGGCAUGUUGUCUUCGACUUGGAAUUCAAGUAAUUAAAGAUAUUUUCCUCGUACAGAAAAUGGUUGCAACUGUGAGUAAUUUUAUUCUUCUUUUUAAUUCUGACCCCCAAUAGUUAUUUCCCUUUGUCAUUUUCUUCUUUCUUUUAAAUAUUAUACGCAUGCUUUAUUUUAUAAGUUUCUUGUUUUCUUUUUCCUAAGAAAGUAUACGAAAAAUUUUCUUGAAAUUUGUUUUUAUAUUGAGGUGCAGAAAAUUAUUUUCUCCAAUUUCUGUGGAAUAUUAUAAAAAACGACCAAUAUUUACCAACAGAACAUGUAAAUUAUCUUUAAACUUGUCUUAGGGUAUAAUAUUAAAAAGUAUAAAAAUGUUCGAAUAUUAACAAUCAAAAUUUCAUUUUAAAAAAAUCGAAGUUUUUGAAGGGGUUUUCAUGUUCCUUUUGAGUGUGUGAUUGCUCAAUAUUUUCAAUUCCUGCUAUUUUCAAGGUGACACUGUUUUUUAUAGUGCUUGCCUCUAUGACAGCCCUAAGUAAAAUGUGUCCUCAUUCAUUCUCGAGCUUAUUUCUCUUAAUUAAAAUGUGUUACUCUAACUUCAUGUAGCAUUCAUGAUAAAGCCAAGGUACCUCCCUCUGGAAGCAUGGGCAAUGAUGUUUUCCAGUGAAACACUAUCAAUCAAAAAAUAGUCUAACUUUAUCUGUGGUAAAUACUAGGAUUUAACCAUGCUACUAACAAGUUCUAUCCUACUCCUGAAAAAGAUAUUUUUAAACUUGCAUGCAAUCCUAAUGUGAACUGAAACUGAAAAGUUUGAAAGAUUGAACUGAAUAAAAAAUUGGGCCAAUACCUCGACAGAGAAGAUCUAGAAGAUAAAUUAUGUAUAUAGAAUAUUUGAGAUGCAUCUCUGCUUUCCUGAUAAAAAUUACCGAGUAAAUAUUUGUAAACGAAAAUAAAAAUCCCAACCUGGAUUACAAAAAUUAGGUACUUCCUGUUUCGUUUUAAGUAUCCCCUCUUUAUGAAAGACAAAGAUAUUGAGAAAGAAAAAAAAAUCAUUUAUGUAGUUCGAUGCUGACAUUUGCGAUCAAGUUACAUUGAAGGGAAAGGUAUAUGUCCCAUGAAUUUAUUACGCUAGAGCCAGCAUUUACAAUUGAGCCACGGGGUGCAAGAAGAGCACUUCUUGAUUGCUGUGAGAAGCUCCGUCCCUAAUACAUGUCCUAGAAAAGAAUCUGAUAGAAGAUUUUUCCGAAAUUUUUUCUGUAGAACAUCUUGGAAUCAUAAAGUAUAUGGGGUAAAAAUCUCAAUAAAAUGCUUGCAUUUACUUUCUGCACAAUGAAUAAAAUAUUAGCGGAUAUUCUAAAACACCUGUCUCUGUUGCUUCCAGUACUGCAAUAUCUUUAUUUUGUAGAAGGGGCAGGUAUUGAGGAAAGCCUUUUGUUUAUUUUGCUUUAAAAUCUAAAAUUAGGGUAUACUCAUUUCGUCAAAUUUGAUAUUUUGAUGUUUAUAAUCCAUGCUCUUUGAACACAAACUUGACAAUUAGUAUUUUCGAAUAAUGAAUGGAACUCAAAAAUAAAUGUUGAAAUUUUUGAGACCUCUCUUAUAUUCCACACUCUCUCUCUCUUCCUCACAUUUGACACUCUAAGGCUUACACAUUUUUCAUAGCCCAUUAGAAAGUGUUGGGGGAGGAGAAAGGAAUCUUGCCCCUCCUUCAAGAUUUUCCUCCUAUGAUCAGUACGUAUAGAGGUGUAAAUAGAGAACCUUACUAUGAUCUAGGUUGAAUUUUCUAUAAAUCGAGUACAUUUGUAUGUGAGACUUAGUUGAAGUUCAAGGACUUUGGCUGUGCAGUACAAGUGAAAGUCACCAAAGUGAUAAAAAACAAUCGAAAAUGAUUCAGGUCAAAGGUUGCAGUGUGCUUUUGAUAAGUUUGUUUUUAUUACAUUCAUGGGUUUGCUGCUUUUGGGAAGGGAACUGUGCUAAAGUUCAUCCAUGAAUAAUCAGUUGAUGUUGAAUGCUGUGCUGGGUCGCUCAGUGGUUUCAUAAUACCCAGUAGUAAUUUAUCUCUGCCAAAUUUGUGCCGGCUGAAAUAGCUUCGAUACUUUCAAAAAUUCUGUGUUAUCAUAGAUAUUACUGGUAAGAUGUAAUAAUUUUGGAGAGCAAUUUAGUCUGUUCUCCUCUUUAUAUCCAAUUCUUUAAUAGUAAGUCUUUAAUUAUUUUGCGAGAACGUUUCAAAAAUAUACCCAGAAACUUUGAAAAUAUCACAGAAUCCUCGAAUAUUCAGAGAAACGAAGGACACAAAGGAAUUCCAUUGAAACUAUUUCUCCUCAGCUUUCAGGAAUAAAUAUUCACUACCAAAAUUUGAAUUAAACCAGAAAGAGUAACGUGUUUGUGAAUAUUUCUUUUCAUAGAACUCCCAAACACAUGCUUAGCACCAAUUUUGAAAAAAUAAUGCCUGAUGAAGGAGCUUUUGAUCUUAUUUGGUAAAUACCUAACCGUCCUUUUUUCAAUAUUGACUUCCUAAAAUAUUGGCACCUGAAAAGACCCCCCUAAGUAUUAAAUAUUAAUAUUCACUCUCUUAAAUAUUAUUCAAGCUAAAAACAGUUUUUAUAGGUAUCUAAGUAGAAAAGAAAAGUAAGUCGUUUGUAAUUGAAAAUUGAUCCAGUAGCUUAAAUUUAGCUUAUAUCGGAGAAGUAAUAUUAAUUUACAUCUUAUAUUUUAUCAUUUAGAGUGUCUAAUGAACGAGAGUAGAUUUAAAGCACAUUGCAGAUCAGAGACAGAGAUGUGAAUAAGGACACAGACAAGUGAAUAAUUUUUAACUUCAAAUCAUACUUCCUAUAUUAUAUAUCUUAGGUUUAAUUUGAAAACAGGCUGUACCUGUUUUAAUUUUUUUUUUUUGUAAUAUUUUUCAUUAAAUAUUUUGGUCUAUAAGAGAAUGUUGUAUCUCAUUUUGUUCAUUUUGUGUGGAGCUCCUAAGAUGGCUCUCAGAAUCAACCACUGUACUCUCAAGUUUCACAUGAGUGCAUUUAGAUAAUAUCUCUGAAGUGCGCAAUGUAAAUGAAGACAGUACCUAGCUUCCAAAUUUAUGUUUCAAAGUCGUAAUGCAAAGUUAAAUGAACUUCAUCAAAACAAGCUUGAACGGUUACAGGAGUUCAACAGCUCCUCGUUGAUCAGUGCACUUGCACUUGGUUCAGUUGAACUGCAUUCUGCACUUAGGAACUCCUUUUUCUGGCUUAUCCAUGAAAGCACCUUGCACCCUAUCAGCAUAGGGGUGUCAAUGACACAUGUGUUUUUUUCUAAAAUGAGUCAGAAAUAAUAGCCUUUUAUUGCAAAAUGUCACCCAUUUUACAAGAUACAUGUUAAUCACCUUUUAAAGAGAGUCUAAGCAGCCCAGACAAA